AUGGGGUCUAAACGGGCGAAAAAGCUGCAGCCAGCGCUCGAAAACCGACCAGACAUGCUUGACGAAACCGGCAGGUUCGAUGUCCUCAGCAAACUACCGGAAAAUUACCACGAGGACGCCGCGUUCGACUAUGAGAAACGCCUGGCGCUGGUAGAACCGGAAAUCGUGCUAGUGGACUCCGACGACGACGACGACGACGCUACCACUGACCGUCCGAUGAUCUCGGAAGCUAACGGUGAUAUCAUCAUUGACGUGUCGAGUGCCUCCGACUCGGAAUCCGAGGCUAAACCACCGACACCCGCGAAUGAGCUCACCGAGAACCAGGACUUUAUUGGGUUUGGCGACGACUCUAGCGAUAGUGAAAUGGAUGAGGGUGAAUACUCUGAUGACGGCAUCAUUCUGGGCGACGAAGUCAGCGCCCACCACCGUCCUCGGGCCCAACUGCCGUUCCCGUGGAUUAAAGACCACGACCACCUGAAAGAGAUCGAGAUCGCCGACUGGUUGACCGAGGAGAUGAAGGACUUUGUCAAUUAUAUCUCGCCGUCGAAAAAGGAGAUUGAGACGCGUAACCGCAUUAUAGAUGGGCUUAAGCUGGCGAUCAAGGAGUACUGGCCCGAGUGCACCGCCCACGUGUUUGGGCUGAGUGCCACCGACUUGUACUUACCGGAGCUGGACAUCGACAUGGUGGUGGUGCUGCGGAGUGGCACCUACGAAGAACGCAGCCGGUUGUACCAGUUGUCGCUGAGAUUACGCCAGCUUAAGCUCGCCACCAAAAUCGAGGUCAUCGCCAAGACUAAAGUGCCCAUCAUCAAGUUUGUCGACCCCCAACUGGGAGUGCACGUCGACAUCUCGUUUGAACGGGUUAACGGGAUUCACGCCGCGCAAAACAUCCGCAAAUGGAUUGCGCAAAUGCCUGGUUUACGGGAAAUGGUCCUCAUCAUCAAGCAGUUUCUCUCUCUGCGAAAACUCAACAACCCUCAUGUCGGUGGUUUAGGCGGUUAUGCCACCAUCAUCAUGGCCUACCACUUUCUCCGCAUGCACCCGAAAGUGUCGUCAAAUACGAUGAGUGUCCCCGACAACCUUGGUCCUUUGCUCAUUGAGUUUUUCGAGCUCUAUGGGCGUAACAUCAACUACGAUAUCGUGGGGCUCAGUCUCGGCAAAGAUGGUGAUACCCCUUGCUAUAUCCGCAAGGAAGAACACAGAGUGCUCAAUACCAGCAGGAACCCGUACUCGAUUGUCAUCCAGGACCCGCUGGAACCGGAAAACAACAUUACUCGAGCGACGUUUGCAUUGCGCGACAUCAAAAAGGCAUUUGGUGGGGCGUUUCAACUCUUAACGGCGCGGUGCUACGAAUUAAACCAAGCCCUGUAUAAGCAGCGGUUGGGCCAGCUGAUAUUGGGUGACAUCAUCAAGUACCGCGGCAAAGAGCGUAACUUCAUCGACGAAAGAGAUCUAGUACCCAACCAGGCGUUGAUUGGUGACCGAGUAAAACUUCAUGGCGACGACAGCCCCAAGAAGCGGCGCAAGCAGCCGAAGGAAGUGUACCUGGUGGCCAGUUCCAGCGACGACAAUGGCUACGAACCUACGUUUGAAGACCGCCAACAACUGGCGAAGAAGGUUAUGGAUUUGAUGGGAAUUGACGAUGAUGAUGACGACAACACUGCAGCUCCCCGCAAACGGGCCCACAGCAGUUCUGACGACGACAGCGACGACGAAGCCCGCCGCGCGGCGAAGCGGCUGAAGCUGGUGAACAAAGACACCAAGCGUGACUUCUGGCUCGCAAAGGGCAACGAGCUCACGGGAACUAAGUAA